AUGGAUAUGGAAGGAUACGUUGUGCUAUUGCUAGUUUCUAUCGGAGUUUUAACCGAAGCCUAUCGACCUUCAAUAAAAAUAUAUGAAAUUCGGGAAUCAAAGAGUCCUCCCAGCCUUGAUGAUCAAUAUUAUGAUCCUGAAAACUUUAAGCUUGACUCUAUUACCAAAGAUGAUGUGAAAGUUGAAAAAGUUAUUAGCAAGGUUAUUGCUAAAUUACAAAACUUAUCAAAACGUGAACGUGAUAAUGAUAAAUAUAGUGAAGAUGAUGAAUUUGUUGAUAAAACUCGUAAUUCACCAUUACUGAUAGUUAGAGAUGACAUAAGUAUGAAAGCAAAGACGAGGGAUUUAUUGCAACGUCUAUUAGGAUCUGUACUACGGAGUCGAAUCAGUGACGUAGAAGAUAGAACAGCUCCUCCUCGACCAGGGCCAUUAGAAUAUUAUGAUUAU